ACCAACCACCCCAAACUGCUCCAGGCUUCAAAUAUUAUCUUAAUGAAAAAGUCUGUCGUCUUUUGGAAUGACAAGGCUCAAAUGAUAGGGGUACACCUCAAUUGACAAUCUAGCUUAACAAAUUGAACAUUUGGGGCCACAAGGUACGCUGCAGUAAGUCCCAGAGCCAAGAACCAACCAAUAUCUCUUUUCCCCUUUAAAAGCCGGUACGUGCACCUUUGAUUCCCACAGCAAAAUUGGUAAAAUUAGUAACAAGCAUGGCUGUUAUGGUUCCUUUCUUGAGCUUUAUCCUCAUCUUCUCGCUAGUUUCAGUAGGGAAUUCUCUGAGUUCAAACUACUAUGAGAAAACUUGCCCUCAUUUGGAGUCAAUAGUUGCUCAGGCUGUGAAGAAGGCCACUGCCAGUGACAACACUGCUCCUGCGGCACUUCUGAGAAUGCACUUUCACGAUUGCUUCGUUAGGGGAUGUGAUGCCUCAGUGCUACUAAACUCAAAAGUGAAGCACAAAGCAGAAAAAGAUGGACCACCAAACAUUUCUUUGCAUGCGUUCUAUGUCAUUGAUAAUGCAAAGAGGGAAGUAGAAGAUUCAUGCCCCGGCGUAGUCUCUUGUGCUGAUAUCCUAGCUCUAGCAGCCAGGGAUGCAGUUUUUCUGUCCGGAGGUCCAUAUUGGGAUGUUCCCAAAGGAAGAAAGGAUGGAAGAGUAUCCAAGGCCAGUGAAAGCUUUCAACUGCCAGCACAAACUUUCAACAUAUCACAACUGCAGAAGAACUUCGCUCAAAGAGGUCUAUCUUUGGAAGACUUGGUAGCUCUCUCAGGAGGACACACUCUGGGUUUCUCCCACUGCUCAUCCUUCAGGAACAGAAUCCAAAAUUUUGAUGCCAAACAUGACGUGGACCCAUCGUUGAAUCCGUCAUUUGCAGCAAAACUAAAAUCAAUUUGUCCGGUCAAGAAUACGCCAAAGAAUGCGGGUAGCACUAUGGACACUUCGGCAACUACUUUUGAUAAUACUUAUUACAAAUUGAUACUCCAAGGGAAGGUCCUCUUCUCUUCUGAUCAAGCUCUGCUUACAACACCAGAGACCAAGAAUCUGGUUUCUAAGUUUGCUGCCUCCGAAGGAGCAUUUUACAGGGCUUUUGUGAAGUCCAUGAUCAAAAUGAGCAGCUUAAAUGGUGGGCAAGAGGUCCGGAGGGACUGCAGGGCGGUCAAUUAGGAAUUCCUGUUUUGUUUGAUACCAAGAAAAACUACGACUUCCCGCAAAAGUAAAAGUACAUGAUUGAGAAAUGGCUUCAAAAUAACUCUCUGUUCCCUCAAAAUUGUAUGUUUAUCUCAAAGCAAUCAUAUUCAAGCGUGUCUUGUAAAGUGAACUU